AUGGGGAGGGGAAAUGUGAAGGUGGAGGCUAGUGAAACUUCCACUGCUCAUCAAGAGGAAAUGCGAUCAACACAUGAGAGCAAAAAGACUCUUUUUGCAUCUGCCUUCAUUAAGGAAUGGUCAACUCUGACAGAAGCUUCUGUAGUACAUAACAUGCCAGAAGCUCUUGCUGUUAAUGCCACGGUAACGUUUAGUUGCAAACCAGAUGUGAGCAUCUCUGCAUCGUCAUCUCUACAAAGCAAGGGGAAUUUUUCCUUAUUAGGAAACAGGAAGCUCUUUUUUGACACUCAUGCUCUGGUGUGCCUUUUGGAGGAAAAUGGGUUCACUACGCAGCAGUCGGAGAUCAUUGUUUCUGCCUUAGUGAAAAUUAUGAACACCAACCUGGAUAUGAUUUACAAGGACAUGGUCACCAAAGUACAACAGGAGAUUGCUCUUCAACAAAUAAUGUCCCAUAUUGGUGGCGUGAAAAAGGAUAUGAUUAUUCUGGAAAAAAGUGAAUUUUCAGCACUGCGUUCAGAAAAUGAGAAAAUAAAACUCGAACUCCUGCAGAUAAAGAAGCAAGUCAUGGAUGAAAUUACCAAAGUUCGUGCAGAUAAUAAGUUAAACCUCAAUCUAGAGAAGAGCAGAGUAAAAGAACUGUAUUCACUUAAUGAAAGAAAACUACUUGAAAUGAGGACAGAAAUAGUGGAAAUGCACGCACAACAGGAUCGAGCUCUAACACAGACUGACAGAAAAAUAGACACAGAAGUUGCAGGUCUGAAGACAAUGCUGGAAUCGCACAAACUGGACAAUAUUAAGUACUUAGCAGGUUCAGUAUUUACAUGCCUUACUGUAGCACUGGGAUUUUAUCGUUUAUGGAUGUGAUACAACAUCAUAUUGGACUUCUACUGUCUUGCUUUCUGAAAACCAAGGAGAUUUUAUCUCUGCCCUUUACUGUUUUAUUUUUAUUUAUUUUUUGUAAAGCAGACUCUAUUGAGAAUGUGACCAAAGAUGUGCCUAAAAAUGAAUUAUCCAUAUAGCUGCAUAUUUUGUAAUUUACCACUGAUGGAAGCAAGGUAUAAACAUUUCUGGUGCUUGCUUCCCCUCUGGACUGAUAUGAACAAAGUAUCAUUUCAGUAACCACUGGAAUUCAUACCGCUUGUACGGGCUGCGUGAUGCUCAGAAAAAUCCCCUUGGAAUUAUGUCCCGGAGUCUGUUCAGAUGCUUGCACGUGUCGGAGCGGAAUCUUGAUUCUUAAUGUCCGAGCGAAACUCCCCUUCGUGUGGCUUGGAGGUACCCUCGUGUAAGUAGGAUACGUGUUAACUGGAUCACGCUUACAUUCCUCCUCCCGACACUUGUUCCUCUACUAACUAUGAGCAAAUAGUUGUUUUGCUAUUUUUAUAACGUUACAGUCAUCAGCUUGUUUUCCA